AUACGUACUGUUACGUUUUAAGAAAACAGUACUUAGUCUAUGAAUGAAAAACGAACGCGGGAAGGCGUGCGCGCUAGAUCUUAAAAUAGUUUAUACCGCGGCAUCUCUGAGUAAGCGGCUCGUGUAUUUUGUGAAAAUUUUAUAGAAAAUGCGUGAAAUUGUUCAUCUGCAGGCGGGCCAAUGCGGCAAUCAAAUCGGAUCUAAGUUCUGGGAGAUAAUAUCAGACGAGCAUGGCAUCGACACGACCGGAAAGUACAUUGGGGACAGCGACCUGCAACUCGACAGAAUCGAGGUCUACUACAACCAGGCCGCUGAUGGCAACCGGUUCGUGCCCCGCGCAGUGCUUGUGGACCUGGAGCCAGGCACCAUGGACGCGAUCAGGUCCUCUACGUACGGACAGCUGUUCAGACCAGACAAUUAUGUGUUCGGACAAAGCGGCGCUGGCAAUAAUUGGGCGAAGGGACACUACACAGAAGGCGCUGAGCUCGUGGACUCUGUCAUGGACGUCGUCAGGAAGGAGUCUGAAGGCUGUGACUGUCUCCAAGGGUUCCAACUCACGCACUCGCUAGGUGGCGGCACCGGGUCAGGUCUUGGCACGCUGCUGCUGAGCAAGCUGCGAGAGGAGUACCCUGACAGAAUUGUUAACACUUUCAGUGUUAUGCCGUCACCUAAAGUGUCAGACACGGUUGUGGAGCCAUACAAUGCGACGCUGUCAGUCCAUCAGCUGGUGGAGAAUACAGAUGAGACGUUCUGCAUUGAUAACGAAGCGCUCUAUGAUAUUUGUUUCCGAACUCUGCGUCUGGCGUCACCAACUUACGGAGACCUGAACCAUCUUGUAUCUCUGACGAUGUCCGGGGUGACGACGUGCCUGCGGUUCCCGGGGCAGCUGAACGCGGACCUCCGCAAGCUGGCCGUCAACAUGGUGCCCUUCCCGAGACUGCACUUCUUCAUGCCAGGAUUCGCUCCCCUCACUGCCAGAAAUAGCCAAGGAUACAGAGCACUGACAGUUCCAGAAUUAACACAACAAAUGUUUAGCCCGGUGAACAUGAUGGCGGCGUGCGACCCGCGCCACGGCCGCUAUCUGACGGUGGCCGCCAUCUUCCGCGGUCGCAUGUCCAUGAAGGAGGUCGAUGAACAGAUGCUCACUGUUCAGGAUAAAAACUCAAGCUACUUCGUGGAGUGGAUUCCCAACAACGUGAAGGUGGCGGUGUGCGACGUGCCGCCGCGCGGGCUCAAGAUGGCCGCCACGUUUGUGGGCAACUCCACCGCUAUACAGGAGAUCUUCAAGCGGAUAUCUGAACAGUUCACUGUCAUGUUCAGGAGGAAGGCGUUCCUCCACUGGUACACUGGGGAGGGUAUGGACGAGAUGGAGUUCACUGAAGCCGAGAGCAACAUGAACGACCUGGUCUCCGAGUACCAGCAGUAUGAGGAAGUGGGAGUCGACGACUGUGACUUUGACGAGCAAGAAGAGAUGCCUCCAGAAGAAUAUCCAGAGGAAGAGUAGAGCUAGUCAGAAAAAAGACAAAGUUUAGAUUUUUAAGGUUAUCCAAAGUGCCUAGGUAGGUAGGAUAUAAUGUCAAAAUUAAACAUGGCGGGAAAAAUGCUACAUUUUUUAUUUAAAUUGGAGACAUGCUUGUUUUAUUUAAUCCAUGAGUUAGGUAUGUAGGCUAUGUAAAAUUGUAAAUUUCAUCUUUUAAGUCUGGGCCCAUAACCUAGACAAAGUUUUAGAAUUUGUACAGUACAAAAAAGAAAUCCUUCUGAGACUGCACAUAGAAAAACACAAUAUCAUAGUAAAGUGUUCAACAAUAUUGUGUAUAAAGUUAUAAUUAAAACUUGUAAUAAAAAAAAUAUGUUACAUACUGUUAAGUUUAUAAAGCAUUAUAUUUAUUUAUGACAAAAAAUUGUUCAUGAUUGAAUUUAAUAAAAAAUGUUUUUACUAAG